GCGUCGGCCGAGCCGGGACCUCGGGCGCGCGCCGGGCUCCCGCGGCGCCAUGGCCUUCUGCAGCUUCCUCGGCGGCGAGGUCUUCCAGAACCACUUCGCGCCGGGCAUCUACGUGUGUGCCAAGUGUGGCUAUGAGCUCUUCUCCAGCCACUCCAAGUACGCACACUCGUCUCCCUGGCCGGCCUUCACUGAGACCAUUCACCCGGACAGCGUGGCCAAGCGCCCGGAGCACAACCGGCCCGAAGCUUUGAAGGUGUCCUGUGGCAAGUGCGGCAAUGGGCUGGGCCACGAGUUCCUGAAUGACGGCCCCAAGCGGGGCCAAUCCCGCUUCUGAAUAUUCAGCAGCUCACUCAAGUUCAUCCCGAAAGGCAAAGAAACUCCUGCCUCCCAGGGAGAGUAGUGGGCGGUCCACCCCACCCCACAUGACCCACUGGUCACUGUCCCACCCACCUUGGCGCUGGAACUCCAGACAGGAAGAAGGGGAAGCGGUAGCAUGGGGGGCCCCAGAGCCUUGGCUCUGAGCAGCUCCCCAGGAAGAGGCGCUCCCUGCCUUUGCCCCAUCUUAGCCUCCUGCCAGGUCUCCGGGAGGUGGCCUGCGAGGGACGCUCCUGCCUCUGCCUCUCUCCGCCUCCCCGCCUGUCUGAACUAGGCCCUCCCCACACUGCAGGCGAGACGCUGCCCAGCAGGUCACUGCAUGAUUCGCUCUGGUUAAACCUCUGGACCCAGAGUGGGGAUACCCCGUGACCUGCUGGGGAGCGGCCGAGGGCGUGCAUCCCUGGCUUCGCGGUUGUGGGAGGAGAAAUCCUGUGCCUGGUUUCAUAAGCCUGUGGUGCGCUUGCCUCACUUGGCUUAGGACACCCUUGUUCCACAGCAGUCUCUGGCCGAGGCUGGCCCCGGGGCUCCCGGGCUGUGGAUAUGGGGGUGUCCGGGAGGCGGGGAUGCUGAAGCCCCUUCCGCCUCACACCCUUUCUGGGAGUAACCGGAUGGAUACCAAUAAAUGGUCCAGCCUUCUGCCCGCGCACUGACGACUCCAGGGCCAGCCGCCGGCCUCUGGCCUCUCAACCCACACUCGUCUGUCACGUUUACUGAGUGUCCCCUCGCCUGGGGCCAGCCUCGUGCGGAGGAUGCCCCCUGCCUCUGCGCUGCUUGCUGCAAGGUGCGGUGACGAGUCGCCCCCAUCCCUGCUUUGGGAAGGGGGUGUCAGCGGGG